AUGGGUAUCUUUAGUUUUAAGCGUGGAGGCGACAAGAAGAAAAAAUUGGAAAAAGCUGAGGCACAAAAGUCUCCACUACCGAAACCACCGAUUGACCAGAAUACUUCCGCCGAAGGCCAGUCCCCCGGCAUCCACACCGGUCAAGCCAACAAUGGCAACGGCAGCGUCUCCUCGGGGUCGCCCCGGCUGGGCACCACUGUGCGCGGAACAGAAUGGACGGACUCCCCAAAGGUGCCUGCACUAGGAUCAACACUCGGCAAUGCCAGCCUCAGCAGGCUAGAUCUGCCGUCGCAGCCUUGGGCUGCUGGCGAUGAGCUCGCUCGUCCACGGACAAGCCACGGGUCCGGUCCAAGCGCGAAGCAUAAUCUCAUCGACGACACCUUUGUCAAAGGCAGCGUUAGCCCACGGUCACGGUUACGCAGUGCACGCUCGCAACCCAAACUGAACCAAAAGGAAGCUCAACUUAGUAUCGACCAGUCUCCCAGUAUACCCAAGUCGCCCUGGUCACCCGUGACUCCUAGCUUUCCAACAGCCAAUCCACUAAGCAUGCACAUCGCCCAGAGCUUGAGUGACAACAAUCUCUCUGCCAUGUCGUCCUCCACCGCAGAUGUGUCGGGGCUUUUCGACGUCUCGUCUCUCAGUGCGAAUGACUGCAACGGGUCUCCCGAAUCUGUGUCCAGCUUUGCGUCUCCCUCUACGGCCUCUGGAAAAGCAAGGAGACAUGGCGCCGACCCAGCAUCUCCACUAGCAGCCAAGUCGGCUGCUGUAGUUGCCACGAUAGAGUCUGUUGUGGAUGAGCGCAGCCCAGAAUCCUCCGGAUGCCGGGCUGAAGACCAAGCGCCCGGCAGUUUUCAGUUGCAGUUCAGAGCGACAGCAGCAGCAGCAGCAAGGCCACCGGCAGACAUGAGGGCGAGAGAUAUUGCGAAGCAAAAAGACCUCAGCAUCAAGGUACCGCGCCGUAAAAGCUGGUCCACAGAGAUCAACCAGCUUGAAAAGGCAUGGUUAGAGGAACAGCUAUCGCCGCGGCUAGCCGCCGAGAAACCGCAACAGCCAGAGCUACAGCAGCAACGGCAGCAACGCCAACCCUUUGUCGGUACAAACGGAAAAGGUCCAUCUCCGCAUCAGGAAAACCAGGCGCGCAAUCCCAAGGAGAAGAGCCAGAACAUUGGAAAGAUGGGCAGUGUUCCUCCAAUGCCGCGAACGGACGGCAUGACACCCUCUCUAGCUCUAAGAGACAACGGCAGGAACAACAGAAACGAUUCCGCAGCAUGCGGGAAUAUGCCCCAUCACGGCUUACGAAGCACUUCGUCUCGGACAAACUUGGCCCGAGGCAGUCCUCGGAGCCCACACGAUCAGUACUUUCAACACGAUCCCAGGGCUCUUCAGCCCCGACGGGGAAAUCCAACACAGCCGCCUCCUCAGCAAGGCCGUCCGCCAGCGAGGGGCCAGUAUCCGCCUCCCCCCGGCCAAGUUGAUCCUCGUCUACGUCCGAGAAAUCAGGGCCCUAGACCAAGGGUGCCUCCGAUACCACGGCAAAACCCGUUGGGACAUCACGAUCUGAAUUAUCAUGGCCCUUUUGGGCAAAAUGCGCCAAGGACAAGAGGUCUAGCCAGUCCGCACAGUCCAAACAUUCCUUACGGGCCACCCAAUUUCCUAAGUGCCCCUGGCACCCAUGGGCCUCGUUCUUAUGGUCCGCAGCCUCAUGGCCCUCCUCGCCACUUCAACGGUCGCCAUCCAAACGAAAAUCCUGCCGUGCCAGCAAACUAUCACAUGGGCCCGACUGGUUACCGCUUGAUGCCGCAUCCGUCCGACAGGAAACAGCCCCCGGCCACAGCCCCAGGCUAUAUCAACACCUCUUCCCCGCGGAGUCCAGUAGAACCUAGGCAGCCAGGCUUCCACAAUGUCAGUGGACCGAUGCGUACCUUACAAACGGGACAAGCCGGACCAGCACGCAAUGCCCUUCCUCCCCGGGACGCAUCUCUUGCGCUAGCCAGGUCCCCUCCGAUCCUAGUUCAGGUGCAAUCAAACUUUCAAGCAAGCAAGCAAGCAGCUUCUCGGCUACCAACGUCACCAGACGGAGACACUGCCUGUGCACUACCACCUGCAAAUCUACCUCCAACGCCGGUUUCCCGCAAGAACAGCUUAGAGACCUCCACAGAAGCAACGGAUGAUACACAUCAAAGCUCGUCAUCGCCUAGUUCACAAUCCGAAAAGUCGAUUCUGACGGAAGACACAAUUGGAAAUGACACACUAGUUGCACAGAGUGAAGCUGUUAAUUCUGAGGCGGCCUCCAGCGUUGAGUCUGCCGGGCAAAAUAACGACGACAAAGAGCCAUUUUUCGGUCACCACUUCCGUUCUUUCAACGACACUGACUUGGAGGCAACUGUCGAGAAGUAUAGAGAAACCAGGUCAGAGGUAGAACCUCAAACUGUGCUUAAGCCCGAAAUGGAGCCCGAAGUGGAGACUCAAGAAGAGCCUGAGAUUGAGCCCGAAGUACAGCCAAAGACCAAACUUGAAUCGGAGCAAGGCAGAGAAUUCGGGGCAAAGCUUGAAGAAGGAUAUGGAUUAGAACUUGAAGCUGAACCCGUGGCAAAAUCCGAGGCUGAGUCAGAGACAGAGCCCGAGGUGCAGCUUGAAUCGGGUCAUGGAAUGGUAGUUGAGAUAAAACCAGAACCAACUCCUCAGCUGCGUAUCAGCUUGCCAUCUCCAACGGCAAACUGGCCGCUCCCCUCAUUAGGCGCACAAAUGGUCGCCGAGUCACCUACGAAGUUUUCUCGGCCAGCUACACCAUUGGCUCUUACGCCGGUCAAGUCAACAUUUGCGAGCAGCAGCUCGACUGACAAUACGAUCAGCGAAGAAGGGGACGGUGAGAACGAUAUGAGUCCCGCAAGCAGCGAAAUGGGGCUGCCGCCGCCGAGGUCGAAAGCGUUCACUGCCAGCAUGUAUGCACGAGAGAUCGGUGCUGGUCCGUACGCCUUCGACACCGGCGACAACAACACGGCGCUCAGCGCGUACGAUCUGGAAACAGCCGGAAGCACUCCAUGGCUGCCACCGUUGCGGGAGGACCCAAACGGGGUUUUCCCAGAUCCGGUGGCCACGAAGCCAGAAACGAUCAGUACGCCGGAUAUGAGUGCUAGACAUGCUGGUGCCUGGGGUGCAGAGACACCAGAAGAUGCUCUCUCGCCCGAAUCGAUCGGGUUGGCAAGAGGGCUAUCAAUUUGCGCCCCAGGAACCUCGCCGCAGGUGAUAAUACAGAAGCAGGGGGGACCAUCACUGGUCACCGUCGGUCAGGGUGGCCUAAGUCAUGGAAACGGGAUGGGACUGAGAACGGCUAAUAUCGGCUUGGCGAUUGGGGGACCAGGACGGGGUCAGGCAGUUAGCGCAAGGCUCAUGUUCAGCCUGCACCACGCCGCCGCCUCGACUUCAUUCGCAUCGUCGCUUCUUGCCCCGUCGAUGCACCACAACGAGCCAGAUAUAUUCCAUAUACCGACGUUUCGCUACUUCUAG